CCGUCAAAACGUAACAGUUGUUGUUUCUUUUUACCUUGUGUUAAACAGAGGUAAGCUAAGGUAAUGGCCACAAACAACACAGCCACAUUAUGAGUCACUUGGGUUUGUAUUCUCCGAUCCAGAGAGACAAAUGGAGUGAUCUCCCUGGUUAGGGAGAGAGAGAUACUUUACUCAAAGAGACAGACUGACUGACAUUUAUGGUGGUAUGUAUCUCAUCUGAAGCUUAGCUUAAUCAAUUAUGAGCUGUGAGUGUGUGUUGUUGUUCUUGUUCUUUUAUGAGGAGGAAUACUAGUGACUGUCAUUAAUGUUCUGUCCGAACAGUCGUCGUUCGUUCGUUGUCAUACCAAUGAAGAGUGGAAAUUAUUCUGGACAUUAAAAAAAUUAUUUUCCAAGUGGAAAUGUAUUAUUUGCUUGACUGGCGCAGCAGCUGCUACUGUCGUUACUACUAACCUAAUGUUGAUGGAACGUCGAUGUGUCGGUCUGUCUGUCUGUCUAUCGUGUGCUGAUGGUGGUGAUUGCUCGGAGGAUGAUGAUCUUUAGUGUGGUUUCGAAAAAUACAAUUUGAAAAACAAACAAAAAAGCAGAAAAUAAUUAAUCCAGUGAUUUCUAGUAGUAGUACACAACCAACAACAAUAACGCCAGCAACGACGAAAGGAAAAGCAAACAGCCAAUCCACCGCAAAACAAAAGUGCAUUAUGAAAAACAGAGGAAAAGCCAUCGCUGCAGCAGCAUAAUUAAUUGAAUCGAAAAACAACAACAAUACCAAAUAAUAAAAAAAGAGUUAAAUUGCCACUAAGCCAUGGCACAGCAACAACAACGUUUCGCCGUCGUCGCUACCAUAAGAAAAAACAGAAUAACACCACCUGGCCACCGCCCUAAAUUUGCUUUGGAAUUAUUUCUAUGUUUAUUCUUUUUACUGUUAACUCCGCGCGUAGAAAAUCUUGCCACCGCUCAGGGCAUUGAAGAGACACCAUAUUAUUACCUGGGCUGUUAUACGGCCCGUUUGGAUUUGACACAAGAACAACUGUUCAGCAAAGUGCCGCAGGUGUGUGUGGAAAUCUGUGAAGUUAAGGAUUACAGUUUUGCUGCCCUCUCCGAUGACAAGUGUUAUUGUACGCACACGGUGCUGGCUGAGGAGAGGCAAGAUGAUUUACUCUGCUCAACGCGGUGUAUAGCCAGUAAAUCCGAAUAUUGUGGUGGUGCGGGGGUACACAGUUACUAUUCCACGGAAGUGGCCAAAAGUGCAGCAGCCAAAGAACUACAAGUUGUAAAUGCCACCGAAAACAGUCUAACCAUAUCCUGGCUACCACACAAUCCGAUGAAACAUUUCAUAGCCGGAGUGGAGUCGACGCCAAUGAUUCGCAUAACAAACUACAUGAUUAAAACGGAACGUCUCCAUACCUAUUCGAUGCAGCCAUUUUUCCCGCAACCCGAAUUCAUUGUCCAGGGUAAUGAAACGAAAUUUGAAAUAACCGAUCUACAUCCGGCAACACGUUAUCAAAUAACCGUUCAAUCGUUAUGUGAAAGUAAUACUCAGGGUGCCUCGAAGUGUGGCACAUCCGUGGUCGAGGGUACCACUUUGAUUGGUGAACCAAGUCCCAUGCCACCACCACCGAAAGUCUUGACCACAACAGAUAAAACCAUCACCAUACAAAUAAAACCUGUGCGCAACAACAAUGGUCCGGUAACCAAGGUAUUGGUCAUUGUUGAACAUGUCGAUGAUGCAAUUACCCAACCGUUUGACAGUGCUUUGCUCGGCAGCCAUUCGGAGGCAGAAGAGAAUGGUUUGCCGUAUUACAUAGCGGCUGAAUUGGAUUAUGAUCGUCCGGGUGAUAAUAAGACGAGGAAAUUUAUUGUCGGCGACGGGAAGCGGUAUGGACGCUAUACAAAUCCACCGUUGGAUAAUAAAAAUUCGGAUGUACAUAUUAGUUUGGCUGUGGUAAGCACCUUGAAUAACAUCACGAAAAUCCUCUAUGCUCGCAGUACCCAUGAACAACAUGUCAGCUCAAUGGAUAAUUUCACCUAUUCAACAUUUGAAUCGGGCUCGAAUUCUGUGGUCGCCUUAAUUGUAACAUGUUCCGUAUUUGGUGUGUGCUUUAUACUCUCCGUCAUUACGUAUUUCUAUUUACGUUACAAAACUUGCCAACUGCGUGCCAUUCGGGGCGGCAAUUCGCAUGAAAUGACAAUGCAACAACCGAUUAUUGAUCGUGAAAAUAAUGGUUUUGUAAUCGAAGAUGAUUUACCACAUAAUGUGGAGAAUUUCAAGGAACAACUUAAUGGGUUAGUGGAUCGUUUGGAAACGCAAAAGAGGAUACCACGUAAUAAUCUGCGCCUGAAUGUCAAUGACGUGGUGGCAGUUGGUAAUUAUGGCGAUGUAAUAACGGGGAAAUUAUUGCAGAACACCUUGCCCGAAUCAACGGCAGAGUGCCAAUUGCAUGUUUUAUCUUUAGACGAACUGAUCAGUACGGAUCAAGGGAAAUUGUUGCAGGAAUUUCGUAAUCUCAUUAAACUACAAGAACACCCGAACAUUUUGGAUUUCUAUGGAGUGUCGGCCAGUACCGAUUGGUUUUAUUUUGUGUUUGAACACCAAACAGUUACACUGAAACGGCGUUUAAUUGAGAGCAGACGGGCACCCAAUUCGGCACCGGUACAACGUAUCACCUCGCUAUCGGAACAAAUGAUUUUGGAAUGGAUAUACGAAAUAGCCAAUGCCAUGGAAUAUCUGGCCAAAUCCAAAGUCGUACACAAACAUUUAUGUUCGCACUGCAUCUAUGUGACAGCCGAGAUGAAAUUGAAGGUAUCGGUGUUUGAACCCACCCCGUAUGUUCAGAAUCAAAAGAAGGUCGAUCAAACCCGCUGGCUGGCUCCAGAAGUUCUGCGCUAUCAACAUUAUUCCACCAAAUCCGAUGUUUGGUCGUUUGCCAUUGUUGCCUGGGAGUGUUGCUCAUUGGGCGCUACACCAUAUCCCCAAAUCAACAGUUCAAAUAAGAUAUUGGAUGCCCUGAAGAGUGGUUCACGUCCAGCCCAGCCAUCAUUUGUCUAUCAAGAUCUUUAUCAAAUGCUAUUGAAUUGUUGGACUUUGGAACCCAGCGAACGUUCAAAUUUUGAUGAUAUCACAUUUAAUGUACGGCAAAUGAUGACCUCACCAAGGCAUUCGUUGUGUUUUGAUGUCCAGGAGAAUAAAACCACGAUGAAUAGUAACAUUUUGGAUGCAUUACCAUUUUAUAUGCCAGCAUUGGAAAUGGAAAAUUAGGGGAACGAUUGGAUAUCAAGCCUAUACCAACAAGAAAUAAACUGCAUGUACAAUUUAAUGGUCAUUAUUAUUAUUUUCUUUAAAUAAGCUUUAAUAAUAUUUAAUACAAAUUGAAACGAAAAAUUGAGUUAUGAAAUCUUUGAUGCAUAUUUUUAAAAACUAUAUUAGUCAGGUAGCAUAAAACAACCACAAAAUGUA